AUGGAGUUCCUUCAGGGCAUACCUGGACCUGAAGGGUCAGAGUUUCUUUCAUUGGCUGACAUGGACCCUUCAGACGACGAAAUGGCGACUGUGGCCGGCAUCAAGCCAGAGCCUACCAACGACAAGGACAAACUCCAUCCCCAUGUCCUGGAGAACCUCGAACUUCACCAAGGAUUCAUGCUCCAGGCGAUUGAUACCGCUGAACAAGCCCUCAAGGAAGGAGAAACACCGGUCGCCUGCGUCCUCGUGUAUGAGGGCGAGGUGAUUGCUCGUGGAAUGAACGACACCAAUCGAUCUCUCAACGGAACUCGACAUGCCGAAUUCCUCGCCAUUGCUCAGUUCUGCAAGAAGUUCCCACAAGUCAAACUCAAGGAGACCGAUCUCUACGUCACGGUUGAGCCCUGCAUCAUGUGUGCUUCUGCUCUGAGACAGUAUGGUAUUCGCCGUGUCUACUACGGGUGUGGCAAUGAUCGAUUCGGAGGAAAUGGAAGUGUGCUGCCGGUCAAUUCUGACAAGGGUCUGGAGGAGGGCUAUCCAAGUUAUGGAGGGAUCUUCAGAAAGGAGGCUAUCAUGUUGUUGCGUCGCUUCUACAUCCAGGAGAACGAGAAUGCACCAAACCCUCGAGCAAAAGGAAACCGAGAGCUGAAGCCAGUCAUCUGA